GUUCAGUCCUUGUUUCGGACGAAUCAACUAUCGGGGGUGUUUCUGCUCUGUUAAGCAAUGACGCCGGGGAAACUCUUCUUCCUUUGAAAAGAACACACGUGAACCAAAAAGAGGAAGAGGAAGGACAAGAGGAAGAAAGCGGACGUUUAGAGGUGAUGGACACGGCCGACGAGAACUGCAGUCUGAUCACCGUGGCGAAUGGUGCUUAUCCGGUACGGUGCACUGAGGAAGUACUUCUCCCUUUCUUCGCAGAUGAGAGUUUGCAGGCUGCCAUGGCCUCACAACGCCCCCCUGGUUCGAAGAGCAUCCCUGCCGCUCUGCCGGAACUCAGACUGGUCCUCCUGGGCAGGAAGGGAGCCGGUAAGAGUGCGGCAGGCAACACCAUCCUAGGAGGAGCAGGAGGGUUCGAGAGCGGGAAGCCCACAGAGGAGUGCGUGAAAAGGCGAGCCGACGUGGCGGGGAGGACAGUCACAGUGGUGGACACUCCUGGGUGGGAGUGGUACUACCCGCUCAACAACACCCCCAACUGGGUGAGGAGGGAAACCCUACGCAGCGUAUCGCUUUGUCCUCCUGGACCCCACGUUGUGCUCCUGGUGGUUCGGUCCUGUGCUUCAGUUACCGACGCCUACAUCAGGGAGAUAGAGGAGCACCUGGAGCCGCUGGGAAGGGGAGUUUGGGGCCACGCCAUGCUGCUCUUCACCAGGGGAGACGAACUGGGCCUGACGUCCAUGGAGCAACGGAUUCUGACGAGCGGCCCGGCACUUCAGAGGCUCCUCCACAUGUGCGGGGGCAGCUACUGCGUCGUGAACAAUCUGAGCAAAGGAGACGGGACACAGGCUGGAGAGCUGAUAAGGAAGAUGGGGCAAGUGGUGGAUCGGAAGAAGGAUGGCAACAUUGGUCAUUUGGAGAUGGACACCGCGGUUCUGUCGGGUCUGGAAGCAGACGGGAAGAGGAGAGCGAGGGAGAGGAGGAAGAAACAGAGGCGGAUGGAGGCACAGAUGCAGAGAGGGACCAUCAAGGCUGCUCUGAUGAGUGAUGCUCCUCAGGGUUCCGAGCUCGACGCCCAUCAGUCGUUCUCCAAGGCUCCCCGGCGUCUACUCGAGGUCCGGCUGGUUCUCCUGGGCGAGCGUGAAACUGGAAAGAGCUCAGCUGGCAAUACUAUCCUCGGCAAGACGGGCUUCUUCCAAGCUGGGGCGGUGACAGAGGAGUGUGUCCGUCGCCAGGCGGAGGUGGCCAUGCGGUUUGUGACGGUGGUGGACACGCCGGGCUGGGAGGCAGGCGUGGCGGGUGCGACACCGGAGAGGGUGAAGAGGGAAAUCGUUGGCAGCGUGGCCUUGUGUCCACCAGGGCCCCACGCGCUCCUGUUGAUGCUGAGAGUGGACACGCUGGUGACGGCAGGACAUGUGAGGGAACAUCUAGAGCUUUUGGGUGAGGGUGUGUGGAGACACAUGAUCUUGCUGUUCACCCACGGCGAUCAGCUUCGAGAGGGGGUGGAUAUCGAGCAGCAUAUCCAGGGUGGGGGCAGGGACCUGCAGUGGCUGCUGGAGAAAUGCAGGGGCAGGUGCCACAUCAUCAGCAGUGUAGACGGAGGAGGAAGAGGCUCAAAUAAGGUGACUGAGCUCCUGGAGAAAGUGGAAAAGAUGGCGUCGCUGAACAGGUGUGAGGCUUUCUCAAGCCUGGUCCAGGACGUCAGGGAUCUGAGCCAACAAAGGAACGAAAAGUUCGACCAGCGCCUGAAGGAGGUGGGCGACAAGAUGCUUCGUCAGGAGGUGGAGCUGAAGAAUAUGAGAGAGAGGGAGAUGAAGAGCAUCAGGUGGCUCUUUGAUAGGAAGAAGAAGGUGAAAUCACCCGGGAAGGCCGACGUCCAAAAGGAAGAAGAGGAGGAUGAGGACAGGAGGAUUGGCCAAAGGAGGCAUGACAUCGGAGAGCUAGAAGAGAGGAUGCGGUGGCUGACGGAGGAUAAGGAGAAAGAGAUUCAGGAUCUGAGCAUAGAAAAUGAGCGCAUCCGCGUCGCACUAAACCAAAGCAGACGAGAGAGAGACAAGGCCAUCCUUAACCUGGAGCAAAAAGAGAGGGAAAUUGAGGAGCUGAAAGAGAGAAGUGACGAGCAGCAAGCGAAGCUGCUCGACCUUGAACGCGCCACCGUAGAAAACGAGAAUGAAGGAGAGCAGAGGGAGGAUGCCAUCAGAGCAAAGACACAAGAGUGGAGGAGAGAAGUGGAGCAACUGGAGGAAAAUCUAGAGCUACACAAGAAAGAAAAAGCAGAGUUGGUGGAAAAAAUAAAAGCAGAAAUGGACGAGACAAAGAGACACUGUGAUGAUGUUCUCGAGAGAAAGGAAAAAGAAAACAAAAGGGAGAUGACAAAGCUGGAAGAAAAACUAAAACGAGAAAUGGAAAUAAAACUUGUUGAAAAGGACAAAGAGCAGGACGAACUGAGGAAGACAGCUAUACGAGAAAUAAGACUGCAGCAUGAGGAGGAGAUGGCCAGAAAGAUCUGUGAAAUCGAAAAAAGUAUGGAGAAAGUGAGAGUUCAACACCAAGAAGACAUUGAUCAGCAUUUGAAAGAAAACGCUCAUGAUUUGGAAAGGGUCAGACAACGGAAUGACAAUGAAAUAAGGGACAUGCAGCAAGAAAACCAGAGACAAAUGACAAACCUGAAAAAGCAGUUUGUUAAAGAAAACGAGGAACAGAUGGAGAGAAAAAAGAAAGAGAUGGCAGAGAUAGAACGAAAGUACCAUGCCGACAUGACAGAAAAAAUCCUAGAAGAUGAAAAAGAAAAGGAAAUGAUUAAUCUAAAUCACAAAAAAGACAUGGCACAAAAGAUGCGAGAGAAAGAAAGAGAAAUAGAAGCCUUAAAACUGGCACAUCAGGAAGAAAUGGGAAAAAAAAUUGAUGACGUGGAAAAACUGAUGGAGGCGACGAAGGGUCAGCAACAGAAAGAAAUAGACGGAAAAACAAAAGAACACAAGGAAGACAUGGAGAGGGUCCAACAACAGUACAUGGAACAAAUAAGAGACAUAGAGAACGAAAGAAGAAGAGACACUGAGGAGCUUAAAGAACAGUUUGCAAAAGAAACUGAGAAACAAUUACAGGAAAGAGAAAGAGAGAUUAGAGAGUUAAAACUCAAGUAUUCUGCUGAAAUGGAAGAAAAAGAUCUAGAAAAUCUGAAAGAGAGGGAAAUGAUUAAUCGAACAAAGGACAAAUACAUUUUGGAAAAACUGCAAGAGAGAGACAGGCAAACAGAAGAGUUGAAGCGUCAGCACAUUGAGGAAGUUGAAGAAAGGAUGCAAAUAAGUGAAAAGGAAAAGGAAAGAUGCAAGAAAGAGAUGGAAGAAAAGGAAACAGAGAUGGAGGAGAUGAAACUGAAUGUCAAGGAACUAAAGAAAAAGCUGCAACAAGAGGAAGAGAAAGAAGCAGAUCAUUUAAAUUACAAAAGACAUAUAGAACAAAGACUGGAAGAGAAAGACAAAGAAAUUGAGAAGAUGAAACUAAAUGUGAACAACAUGAAAGAGCGACUGCAACAAGAAGAAGAGAAAGAAACAGUUAAACGAAAUCACAGGAAAGAAAUGGAGCAAAGGCUGGAAGAAAAGGACAGAGAAAUAGACGAGAUAAGAGAGCAAUUAGAACGACUUCAACAAACCCUGCGAAAGACAGAAGAGGAAAGAGAAACGAAUCGAUUGAAUCAAAAGAGACAGAUGUUGCAAAAGCUGGAAGAAAAUGAACGAAUCAUCGAAAAGUUAAACCAGCAUAUAAAGGACAUGGAAGGGGUCCUGCAGAGGGAAGACGAAGAGAGAGGGAAAAUUGGAGCCAUCAACGAAAUGGAGAGAAAGUUAAAAGAAAGGGAAACUGAGAUGGACUCCAGGGAGACGAGAUGGAGGGAAGAGCAGGAGGAGAAGGAUGAGAGAAGAGAGAAUGAGAUGAACAAGCUGAUUGAAAUCGUUGAUGAGAAGACGACAGAAUUAAGACGAGCACAGUGUCGUCUUGCACAAAAAGACAGUGAGGUGGAUGAAGCGAAAAAGAAGUGUGCAAACUACUUCAAAGAAAUUGAGGACUUGAAAGAAAGCAACAAGAACCAGACCUCCAGCAUUAUCGAGAUGCAGCAACGGGAGAGGACGAAAGAUGCCGAAAUGCUGGAAAAGCUGCAGGAGAAAGAAGAGGAGCUCGAGCACCUGAGCAGAAGAGACAGGGACAGCGGGAAAGAGAUCGUCCAGCUGAAGCUGACGAUCGAGCAAACAAAGUCAGAGCUGAAGGAGCUCACCAAGCAGAUGGAAACAGAGAUGACGAGUAUGAUUCGGGAAUACGAAAAGGAGAUUGCAAGAGCGAACGAGAACAUAAAGUCAGUCGUGAGGGAGAAGGACGAUGCUAUGACUCGUCUGGAGGAAGAAAGUCGCCAAAGCAUUUCGUCCGCCACCGGGAAAUAUGAGGAAAGUCAAAAGAGAGUUGGGGAGCUGCAGGAGCAGCACGAGAAGAUGAGGAAGGAGGCGGACAAUUUCAAAUUUAAGUAUGAGGAACUGAAGAAAGAGAGUGAGGAGGAAGUUCAGAAACAUUUUAGGGGAUACGAAGAGCAGGCGAAGAGCAAAGAAUCGGAAAUCCGAAGGGUUCUUGCAGAGAGAGAUCUAGAGGUCGAGGCUUUAACAGAUGCAAACGACAAACUACAAGCAGAGAUAGCCGGGAUGUCAGAGAGACUCGGUGAGGCACAUGUGCAAAUGAAUGAGCUGAGAGAGAAGUUUGAGAGACAGCUGACGGAGAAACAAAGCGGGUUCAGAACCAGGGAAGAGGCGAUUGAACAGAAGCAGAAGGAGGUACGGCAAAGGGAACAGGAAGUGGGUAGAAAUGAAGACGAGUUAAGCACAAGAGGACUUCGAUUGGAUGAGAGAGAGGUAGAGCUCACUGAGAAAGAGGUCAAGCUUGAGGGUGAGGAACGAGAACUUAGGAAUCUGGAAGUGAAUCUAGAGAUGCAAAAAAAAGAGAGAGAUCGACGCGAGAACGAUGUGAAACGGAGAGCUGAGAAUAUUGAGGAAAAGGAGGGGGAGAUAGAAAGCUUGCUUAGAGCGCUUGAAGGCAAACAGCAAGAGCUGAGCCAUCACGGACAGGAUCUUCAGAGGAAGGUCAAAGGGCUGAAAGAUAAAGAGCACUACUUGAAACAGGAAGAGCAGGAGUUGCUAUGUUGUAAGUCGGAGCUGCAGAUGCGGAAUGAGCACGUGAACGCUACAACUCUGCAGCUGGAUGAGAUGGUGAGAGACUUGACUUCACUGAGAGAAGAACUUGACCAAAAAGAGAAAACGGUUAACAUGUCACUUGAGAGAUUGAGCAAGUGGGAAGCAUGUCUUGAAGCUCGAGAGGCCGAGUUGAACGAAAGAGGGCAAAGAAAGGUAGAGAGGGGUCAACGUGAAGCCGACAACAAGGAGAGCGUGCAUGAGGCUAGUCUUUUCAGUCCGGGGGCAGCGGUUGAGAGCCCGGAGGACGACGUCCAGAUAACGUACAGUGAGGUCAGUGAGAGAAGGGACACGGGAAGGGAGGUAGAUAAAGGAGAACACUUAAAGGACAGGGAGGAUCAGACGACGAAAAUGGCACGGUCAGCUGUAAAGGGCAAUAAAUGUCAUAUUGGAACACUUAAAGAGAUAGAUAGGACUGAGGAAAAGGAAGGGACGGCGGGAGGAGGAGCAGAGACGAGAAAGAAAAAAGGCAGCGGGGACGCGCUAAGGGAAAGGGUCAUCCAGGAUCGUAGGUCGUUUUCUCGGAGUCAAGGUCACGGAAGCUCAAACAACAACCACGCCACGACGGUGGAUUUGAGGGUGUUGGUGUUGGGGGAGUCCUGGUCGUCUCGCUCCCCGGCCGGAGUCACCAUCCUGGGUGGAGAAGUGCCCACACACGAUGGAUCCAGCUUCAGGUCUUGGAGAGGUCAGAUAGCUGCGAGACACCUCGCAGUUGCAGAGCCGCUAGGUCUGAGGUGGCGAGACGGGCCGGACCCAACAAACACCUCGCCGAGGAAAAGCCUCCUCGACAGCAUCUCCUGGUGUCACCCAGGACCCCACGUCGUCCUCCUGCUCAUGCCGGCCUUCUUCACCUGCACACGCAAGUACAGGCGAGCUGUGGAGGAGCACGUGAGUUCGCUCGGCGACGAGACUUGGCAACGCGCCAUGGUGCUGUUCACAUGGGGGGAAACUUUAGGGGUGAGCGCAGAGCAGCACAUCCUGAGGAACGGGGAACUGAUGGGGCUCGUAGAGAAAUGUGGGGGCAGGUAUCAUGUGCUGACCAGCAAGAAAACCAACACUGGGACUGAAGGAUUGCUUGAGAAGAUGGAGGAAGUCGUGGCUUUGAACAGCAGAGAGCAGAGUUUGGUGUAGAGUUCCAAAAAGACUAUGAAUUUAUCAUGUAAACACAGUUUUUUAAAAAUGUUCUUCUAUCUUCUAAUAAAUUUAAGAGAAAAAAAUCUCAUAGAAUCUUUUAUUUGAGCUAAAGCUGAGGAAAUUCAGCGUAACAGUAGUAGAGUACCUCAAAAUUGUACUUAAGAACAGUCCUUGAAUAAGUUUAACAUCCUGCCUGCAGAAGAGUUCAUAUAAAUACCCAUUAAUCAUGGAUCACUUUAAAUAAUCAUAAUAUUCUGAAAUAGCUACAAACUCAACAUGAUUUUUCCCCCCCUCACUACUCAUGUGAGAAUGACUUCCAUACUUCCUCCACAAGAUGGGGACCUUGCGUCAGCGUAGAGAGACGACACUGAGCGCCAAAGCCAUCAGUGUUGAAAACGACUGAUGAUAAGGAGUCGAUGGUGAAAGCUAGUCAAAUUCAUGUUGUUGUUUUUUUUCCUUUCCAAAACCACGUUUAAAAUGUUCCGUGUAAAUGGCUACUUUUAUAAAGGAAGACCACACAAAGCAGGCCCCGCGCUCCGUCUUGACUGGAGGCCUUUUCAGGGGAGAAACCAAAAGCAUCUCGCAAUUAUAACCCCGGGGAGCCUGCCGCACGCUGAGAGGACUCCUGCUUUGACAAGUAAAUUAUGACUCUUGAUGGGACGAGUACCAGCUUUCUCAGAAUGCUAUUUUUUUGACAGCCGGCAAAAAACGCGGGGUGGAUGCAUACAACAACUUCCAUCAUCCGCGGAGCCAGAUGCAACAUCCAAAAACACUCGAGCGCAAUCAUCAGGCUAAUAAUUAUGGAGUGUGAGUGCUGGUCUGUACCUCACAUGGCAGCAAUGUUUUUUUUAAUCUCUCCAUUCAAUGUGAGCUGCCUUUAGUGGUAAAAGAUGAGAGGGGCUGUUGUGUCAAGUUGAAGCUCUCGCUUCUUUGAUCAUC